AUGCCGGGUCAUCUGGUCACGCUAAGGUUGCCAAACUCGUCUCAUCAACUGGCCAGGAUCCAGUCUCGGCCACCCAAACCCGGCCGUCGUAAAACGAUCAUUCGUCGUCGUCGCUGGGGCGAGGCAGAAAAAGAGUGGUUAGUCGCUCUCAGAAUGGAGAAUCGUCACCUGCCCUUGGAAGAAUUUCGGCAGAGAUACUGCCCCGAAAGGUCUCUCCCAUCGAUAAGAAAGGUGUUGAAGGCUGAAAAGGUUAGGGCUAUCUAUUGGGCUUUUCCAAUAAAUGAAACCAAAAAAAAAAUUAACGUGAUUUUGAAGGCCCCAGAUCUGAGACUCGCAAAAAGGACUGGUGAUUCCAGUCCAUAUAAACGAAAGUUGCAGAGCAGAAAUGUCGAUGAAAAUACAUGUAACAGCUUCAACGAUAACGAGAAUGACACCGGUCCAGACGAGGAUAUUAGCGACGCGGGGAGAGGGAUCCCUAACAAAAAAACACGCACCGAACUGACUCGGAGACCGGAGACGCCUCGACAGGUCACUGGACGUGACGCACAUAUUCAGAGUACCAACAGCGUCUCUCCAGUCGCUCCUAUGCCGCUACCAGCACUACCUACCAAUUCAAGACAUUCAACUUCCCCUGUGGUGAGUCCCAGUAGCGUAACAGCCACAGCGCCAAACGGAGUGAGAGGACACCACAGUCUGUCUCCAUUGAGGGCUGAGAGACCCUCAGGGACAACGAGUCAGAUAGUAACCCCGACAGGGACAGGAAUGGUUAAUGGGACAACAAAUGGGAAUAUUGGCGCAGGCGCAGGCUCAGCCGACUCCGCUGCGAACGAGCGAGAAGAAACCCUCGAACUGGUAGAAGGCCUCGCGACCCUGCUCUACCAACUGGGCAGCCAGCUGGCCGAGCAGGAAAAAGCCCGCGCCGACACCGCCGUCGCGGAAGUCAACAGAUACAAGGAGGAAAAUGACCGGCAGCGUACCCGUCUCGAGGAGGAGACCAAGAUGCUGAAAGACGAGAUCGACAGACUCAAGCAGGACCUCCGGGAUGCAUGGUGA